AUGAAUUUUAGAACAUACUCAUAAGCAGACACGUCAUGUGCAGGUUUCAUCAAUCAAAUUCCCUUGGGCAUCAAAAUCAUAUUGCUUUUAUUAAUAUCUGCCACUCUCGUCGACGCUUUAUUUUCUGGGAUAUUUACUUAUUGGUUCUAAGAUUUGCCAUUGAAAAUCUUUAAAGGUUUUUAAUUAUGGAGACUGUUCUUUACCCAAUUUAUAGAAUCCUUGUUUGGAGUUAUGUUUAUGAUAUAUAUAUUUUCUACCUCAGUUGUAAAUACGGAAAAAAAAUUGGGGACUGUUGUAUUUCUUUUGGAUUUCUUCUUUAAAAACUUCAUGAUUCAAGUUGUAUUUUUAAUUCUAUCAUUGAUAAUAUAAGUCUACACCAUUCCAUCCAGAGGUUUAUGGAAUAUCUAUUUGGUUUACCUAAGCCUACAGUGCUAUGCAAAUCCUGAAGGAUUAGUUAGGAUUUGGUUCUUUCCCUGUUAACUUCCUGGUAAAUAUGUUCCCAUUAUUUAUGGAUUGAUCGGGUUUGCAAUGAACUAAAGCUACGACCCCAUAGCUGCUCUGAUUUUUGGCUACAUUGAAGCAAAGUUCUUCAAUUCUAUGAUGUUCAGACCCAGUCAAUCAUUUAUUAAAAAAAUAGAGAACAGCAAUUUUCUGAAACGCUUAGUGACGAGAGAAGAUUUCCAUUUGAUGCAAUAAAAUUUAGAUCUUAAUCCUACUGAAGAAAAGGAAAUGUCAGAAAGAGAACGAUCAUUUUAAGGAAAAGGAAUAAAGAUUGGAGGCGGGGACAAUUUUAACUUUGAGAAUAUUAUCGUUGAUAAUAGUGAGUAUUGUGAUUAGGAUGGCCCGUCAACAAUUGAAUGAAAAUAGCUAUUUUUAUAUAAAAAUAUUUUAAAUUAUAUAAUAAUGGCAA